CAAUGGGAUGAUUACUUGAAAGAGACUGGAUCUGUAAGUGCCCCUCCAGAGUAUUUCAGACAGUCCAUGAUUCCACCAGCUAAUGACUUCAAAGUUGGUAUGAAAUUGGAAGCUCGUGACCCACGCAAUACUACUUCAGUGUGUAUUGCCACAGUAAUUGGAACUACAGGUGCCAGGCUACGUUUAAGACUGGAUGGUAGUGACAACCGGAAUGAUUUUUGGAGACUUGUUGAUUCCCCGGAUAUACAGCCUAUUGGGACAUGUGAAAAGGAAGGGGACUUACUUCAGCCUCCACUGGGGUACCAGAUGAAUGUGUCAUCUUGGCCAAUGUUCCUCUUACGAACUCUAAGUGGAUGUGAAAUGGCAGCUGUGACACUCUUUAAGAAGGAACCACCAAGGCCAGCUCUAAAUAAUUUUGAAGUGGGAAUGAAACUUGAAGCAAUAGACAGAAAGAACCCUUAUCUGAUCUGCCCUGCAACUAUUGGAGGUGUGAAAGGAGAUGAAGUUCAUAUCACAUUUGAUGGCUGGAGUGGAGCUUUUGAUUAUUGGUGCAAGUAUGAUUCUCGAGAUAUUUUCCCAAUUGGGUGGUGUCAUCUGACAGGCGAUGUAUUACAACUGCCAGGAGCUAAUGUUUCCAUUACAAAAAACAUUGCAAGAAUACAAUCUUCCCCUUCCAAAGUGGCCCGACGUUCAAUGCAGUCUCCACAGAAAACUGAAGCAGUAUCACCAACACAGCAGGCCAAGAAAUCAGGUCGGACUAAAUCACCUGGACAGACUUCAGUCUUCAAGAAGGGCAGUUCUCUUAAAAAUAAUACAUCAAAGAAAAAAGUCCAAAAGGAAAACAAUCUUCCUGCUUUGUGUUCUACAUCUGCAACUUAUGUAAAUUCAGUGGCCAAUGACCUUGGAAGUCCUUCAUAUGAUAAGGAUGCCAUUCCUGGGACAUCUAAAAUAGUGAUGUCUACAGUCUGUGUCUAUGUAAAUAAACAUGGAAACUCUGGCCCUCACCUGGAUCAGAAGAGAAUCCAGCAACUGCCUGAUCACUUUGGCCCUGGCCCCGUGAAUGUUGUACUCCGGCGAACUGUGCAGGCUUGUGUAGAUUGUGCCCUUCAAACUAAGACUGUUUUUGGAUUCCUUAAGCCAGAUCAUCGUGGUGGAGAAGUGAUAACUGCCUCCUUUGAUGGUGAAAAUCAUUCUGUCCAGCUCCCUCCAGUAAACAGUGCAUCAUUUGCUCUUCGUUUUCUUGAGACCUUCUGCCAGAGUCUGCAGUGUGAUAAUCUUUUGAGUAGCCAACCUUUUAGUUCUUACAGGAGUAAUACUCAUAGCCCUGUGGAGCAUGAUAAUGAUAAAUCAGAAAAAGAAGACUUAUCAGGAAAGAAAAGUACCAAACGAUCUUCUCAGCAACCUCUACCUUAUAAUGCUCUUCUAUCUUCUAAGUUCCCCAAAACAUACAUGCUUGACUCUACAGAACAACAGUUGACUCUGGAGGAAAAUGGCAAGUCCAAAGAACAAAAGCUUCCUGAAGAAUCUAAGAAGUCUUCACUGAACUCAGCACUCUUUCUAAAUCCUGUCUGUAGAAAUCCUGUAAACAUUCAUACCUCAAAUUUCCGGAGUUGUGCUCAACCUACACCGGGUACCUCAAGUUCAGCACUAGUUGGGUACAAUUUCUUUGCCAAGAGCAGUAACUAUGAAGUUAACAGGAUGCAAACGCAAAGAAAAACUGAAGCUAUAAGUUACACAGUUGGAACUCACCCAAGUACCCUGAAACAAAGCUACUUUAAGGACCCUUCAAGUUGGUCUGUGGAAGAAGUCAUUCAGUUUAUGAGAGAAACAGAUCCUAAGACAUCAGCCCUGUUUGCGGAUCGCUUCAGACAACAUGAAAUUGAUGGGAAGGCUCUUCUACUACUGAAGAGUGAUGUGAUAAUGAAAUAUAUGGGCCUUAAGCUGGGACCAGCAUUAAAACUGUGUCACUACAUUGAAAAACUUAAAGAAGGAAAAUACCAUUGA